GUGGCACGCCCGGAGGCUGGAGGCCAUCUUCGUGUCUCUUACCAUAGGGCAUAGGGUAUGUAUUUACAACAGUGACCCGAGGGUCAUUGAUGUGUAUUUAUCUACUGUCGUUUUACAAACAAUAUUAUAUAUAUAUAUAUAUAUAUAUAUAUGCGCCGGGUACUAAACAUCGGUAUAUAAACGUCAUGCCGAGGAUAUUCCAUAAACGGUCACAAUCGUAUACGGGGCCUUUGUGCAAAGAAGGACAUCGCCACCCCCACACUACACUAUUGAUCGCUAGCAGUCGAGGUGCUGACAUAAGUGUAAAUCCCGAACAGGCAGGUAAUACUUCCGCGAUGAUAGGCGUCACAUUUUCCGGAACACGGAGUACCGCUGACUACCAAACCAAUUUCGUGACUAAUUCAAGUGUCACAUCUGCCAAACUUAGGAAGGCAUCAAAUAUUAAAUCUACAAUGUCAAGUGGGGUUUCAAAAACAAUCACAGCACCUUUAGGUAAACAGAUUAAGGGUGCUUAUAGGAAGAUAGUGAAGUCUGUGCGUAGGGUUUCGGCCGAAGCACCAACUACAACUGCCGGCUCCAACAGUAACGAGUGCAGGACCCAUGACAAUGACAAUCUAACUGAGCUGCAUUUGAGCUAUGAGGAUAUCACAACCGAUGCUGCAGCAGAUCACCUUUUCGAUUCGAAUAUGUCAUCAAGAAGACCUAUAUGCGUGAUAGAAGCACUUGAAACUCUGGUGAAUAGCUGCGACAAACUACUGAGGUCCACAAAGCAGCUUGUAAACGUGACAGCUGCUUCAGAAGACAAAUCGUCGAAUGAUGUAGAAACAAGAAGAGUGUAUUUGAUGCGCUUAGUGUUCGUGGGGACUAUAUUAUUUAUAACGUAUAUUGCAGCAGUCUGUAUCGCUGAAAUUCAAUUGAACUGGUAUCUGUCACGCCUCACAGACUAGAGACGUAUAUGCUAUUAACAAUCACUAAUAUAACUGGUCUGCAUGUAAGGUAUACAAUCUUUUAUAUACGUUUAAACAAGAAAAUCAACAUAGCGCCCAUUUUUAUCAUAACUUAUUUAGUGCGAUCAUUAUAGAGUUCUUAUAUUAAAUUAUAGCUUCUAGCCUUUUGUCACCACUUAAGGCUUAUCCAUAGCUCGUGUGCAUACCUGAAGGCUGAAGCGUGUGCACUGAACGCACGACAUAAGAAAAUUUUCAACAGGAAAGUAGAAACCCUGAAUUUGAAGGAUCAAAUAAAAACCCC